AUGUCACGAACAGAGACGAUUCUCAUCACCGGAGCGGGGGGCUGGCUCGGCUCACUGCUCGGGCCCGCAAUAGCAUCCCUCGAGCCGGAGAAGUGCUUCAAGUUCAUUCUAGCUGACGUUCACGAACCCAAACAUCCCGCGGACUUGACCAGUGAAGAUGAAGUCGAAAGACUCUUCCAGACAGAAAUGGGCCGACCAGAUGCUGUAUUCGCAAUGCACGGCCCGAUUCGCUACGUUUAUGUAUCUGCAACCGCAGUCUACGGUCAGCCCUUGCCGGAGGUCGUGCUGCCCAUGACUGCCUGCUUUCCCUUCGGUGCAUACGGCACUGCUAAGUUCAUGUGCGAACAGCUAGUCACCGAAUACUCGCGAAAAGGUUGGAUCGACGGUAUCAGCGUGCGCCCUCCCACGGUCGUUGUGAGGCCUGGGCCUCCAAGUCGCGCAUCGAGCGCGUUCGUCAGCGGAAUCAUCCGCGAGCCAUUGCACGGGCAACAGGCGAUCUGCCCGGUUGGUUCUGGUAUGGAUGACACAGAAACGCUGAAGGGUACCAGGGUUUGGGUCGCGAGUUCAGGUAUCACCGUGAGGAAUAUUGCGCGUGCGAUGAAGGUCGACACUAGCAACAUGAAUGCGCAUUCAAGGGCGGUCGAGCUACCCGGCUUCACCAUCAGCCUCUUUGAGCAGAUUGAAGCGCUACGACAAGUAGCAGGGCAUGAAGCCGUCAGUCGCAUACGGUUCGAGCCGGACGAGACUUGCCGGCGGCUAGUGACAUCUUGGCCAGCGUCAUUCGACAAUUCAUACGCUCUCUCAAUGGGAUUCGAGGUGGACACGGAAGGGUUCAUCGGCUGCAUAAUGGAGUACAAAGCUCAAUACGUUGCGUGAUGGUCGCAAAGCUCCUUAUGAUUGGAACAUUUGUGCAUCACUGUCAAAUGCAUGCUCGCACUCUGUCUU